UUCACUUUCAAAAAAAUGGCGAAACCCGGAUAUAGAAACGAAGGGCUUGAAAAAUAUUUGAAUGAAAUUGGAUCGAGGGUUGUGGCGGAGUCUGGUAUACCUAGUGACCGGUAUCAUUUUGGAAAGUUGGUGCUACAGAGCUUGAAGGAUGAUCCCGAUUUUGUUAUGCAGACUGACGGAGGAACCGGCGAAUCAGAGACAAACGGAUCAGUAUUAAAAAGAAGUAUAAGAUGUGUGGCGUGCUUCAAGAAGUUAGGCCUGAAGACCGGUGACGUCAUCAUCCUAAUGGGUACCAACCACCUUGAUCAGGCUAUACCGUUCUACGCCGCACUUUUUGAGGGCAUCAUCAUCGCUGGAAUUGACAGAACGCUGGGAGUCAAUGAAUUAAAAGACGUUUUCACUGCUAACAAGCCGAAACUAAUUUUCUGCCAAAAAGACAAAGUUCAAGACUCCAAAAAAGCUAUAGAGUUGGCAGGUGGCGACGGCAAAGUUAUCAGUUAUGACAGCAGUCCUGAUACAAUCAGCUUUUCUGAUAUGAUGGGGAAAUAUGGAGAAGAUAGCAAUGUACAGGAUUAUAGGGCUGCUGACUUUGAUUCAGAAGAAACCACAGCUCUCAUUGUAGCUACAAGUGGUUCUACAGGAAUGCCCAAAGCUGCUAUCUUAACGCAUAAGAAUAUUUCUUUAUCAAGCACCUACUUUGGUUGUUUCGGUACCAAGUUUCCCAGAAUAACGAAGUCUUGUCUUGUGGUGUCACCCAUACAAUGGUUCUCAGCACUCGUCCACUACCUUCUUGGACCUGUAUUCCAGUAUUCCAGAGUGCAGACCUCAGCAGAGCUGACUAAUGACCAUAUUUUCGAAAUGAUUAAUAAGUACAAGCCAACAUUACUUGCAACCAGUCCGCCGAUGAUGAUCAGUCUGCUCAAGGAUGCUGAAACAAAAGACUGUGACUUCUCGCAUUUCGAUCUGUUAAUGAUUGGUGGAAGUGCUGUACCGGAAAAUCUGAUAACGAAAUUAAGUAUGAAAGCCCCAAAAGCAAAACUAGCAAAUGGUUAUGGAAUGAGUGAGGCUGGUGGUCUUAUUUUCUAUCCCUUCGAUGUACCACUUGGCAGUUGUGGAAGACCAUUGGCGCACAUGCAGUAUAAGCUGGUGAAUGUGGAAACAGGCGCUGAAAUCAAAGAACCUCACAAGACUGGAGAGUUGUGGGUGAAGGCGCCCGGUGGUGUUCGGGGUUACUAUAAUUACCCAGUGGAGACAGCCGAAGUAAUCACAGAAGAUGGUUGGUACAAGAGUGGAGACCUUCACUACAGAGAUGAAGACGGUCACUAUUACUUUGUGGAACGUAUCAAGCUUUUGUUGAAGUACAGAAAUCACCAGAUAUCGCCGGUGGAGCUAGAGGCUGUGAUCCACAAGCUGCCUGGUGUUGUGAACGUGGCCGUGUCGGGAAUACCUGAUCCUGAAUGUGGGGAGCUGCCAGUCGCCUUCGUGGUGCCCAGACCGGGAGCUGGCCUCACUGAGAAGGACGUUGAGGAUAUCGUCAAAGAAUUUAAUUUUGAAACGAGAAUGGGCAAACCCGGAUAUAUAAAUGAAGAGCUUGUUAAAUAUAUGAAUGAAAUUGGAUCGAGGGUUGUAGCGGAGUCUGGUAUACCUAGUGAUCGGUAUCAUUUUGGGAAACUGAUCCUGCAGAGUUUGAAGGAUGAUCCCGAUUUUGUUAUGCAGACUGAUGGUGGAACCGGUGAAUCAGAGACAAACGGAUCAGUAUUAAAAAGAAGUAUAAGAUGCGUGGCAUGCUUCAAGAAGUUAGGUCUGAAGACCGGUGACGUCAUCAUCCUCAUGGGCGCCAACAACCUCGACCAGGCUAUACCGUUCUACGCCGCGCUUUUCGAAGGCAUCAUUAUUGCAGGCGUUGAUAGGACUCUGGGUGUCAAUGAAUUAAAAGACGUUUUCACUGCUACAAAGCCUAAACUCAUAUUCUGCCAAAGCGACAAAGUUCAAGAAUCUGAAAAAGCCAAAGAACUAGCAGGAGCUGACGGCAAAGUUAUCAAUUAUGACAACAGUCCUGAUGCAAUCAGCUUCUCUGAUAUGAUGGGGAAAUACGGAGAAGAUAGAAAUGUACAGGAUUAUAAGGCUGCUGAUUUUGAUGCAGAAGAAACCAUUGCACUUAUUGUGGCCACAAGUGGUUCUACAGGAAUGCCCAAAUCUGCUAUCCUAACGCAUAAGAAUUAUGCUAUAACAGGCGUCUACUUCGACAUGUUCGGUACCACGUUCCCAGGAAUAACGAAAUCUUGUAUUGUGGUGUCACCAAUACAGUGGUUCUCAGCGUCUAUCCACUAUCUACUUGGACCUAUAUUCCAGUACUCCAGAAUACAAUCCUCAGCAGAGAUGACGACUGAGCAUAUUGUCGAAAUGAUUAAUAAAUAUAAGCCAACAUUCCUCGCAACCAGUCCGCCCAUGAUUAUAAGCUUGCUAAAGGAGGCUGAAACAAGAGAGUGUGACUUCUCGCAUUUCGAAGUGUUAAUGGUCGGUGGAAGUGCUGUACCGGAACAUCUUAUGACGAAAUUACGCAGUAAAGCUCCCAAAGCAAAACUUGGUAAUGGAUAUGGAAUGAGUGAAGCUGGUGGUCUUAUUUUCUAUCCUUUCGAUGUACCAUUUGGCAGCUGUGGAAGACCGUUCGCACACAUGGAAUAUAAGCUGAUGAAUGUAGAAACGGGGGAGGAAGUAAAAGAACCUCACAAGACUGGAGAGUUGUGGGUGAAAGCGCCCGGUGGUAUUUGGGGUUAUUAUAAUUACCCAGCGGAGACAGCCGAAGUAAUCACAGAAGAUGGUUGGUACAAGAGUGGAGACCUUCAUUAUAGAGAUGAAGAUGGGAACUAUUUCUUUGUUGAGCGUAUCAAGCUCUUGUUGAAGUACAGAAAUCACCAGAUCUCGCCAGUAGAGCUGGAGGCUGUGAUCCACAAGCUGCCAGGAGUGUUGAAUGUGGCUGUGACGGGAGUACCAGACCCUGACUGCGGGGAUCUGCCUAUAGCCUUCGUGGUGCCCAGACCGGGGGCUGGCCUCACCGAGAAGGACGUUGAGAAUAUUGUCAAAGAGAACCUGACUGACAGCAAGUUGCUGCGAGGUGGUGUUGUGUUCCUGGAGGAAAUGCCUUUACUGCCUACAAGCAAACUGGACAGGAAGACGCUGAAGCAAAUGGCAGCAGCGCUCGCGAAAAAGGACUGAAG